AUGAGGUUUUCUCAAAAAUGGGGGUGUGUCGUGCCUCUUGUUGUUAUUUUGAUGUUGAAUAUGAGUGUUGAGAUUCUUUGUGAUGAGAAAGUUGACGUGAAGGGUCGUCGUGGCCAUCAUGGAAAAGGACACAAUGACGGUGUAAGAGGAGGGGAAGGCUUUGGUGGUGCUGGUUCAGGGAGUGGUGUAGGAUUUGGAGGUGGAGGCGGCUUUGGUGGAGGUGGAGGCGGAGGUGGUGGGAGUGGUUUUGGCUCAGGUGGAGGAUAUGGAGCUGGAGGUGGGUUCGGUGGGAGUGGAAGUGGAAGUGGAGGUUUAGGAGGAGGCGGAGGAGGUGGAAAAGGUGGUGGAGGUAGUAUUGGAGGUGGUUUUGGCUCUGGUGGAGGGUUUGGAGCAGGAGGUGGUGCUGGUGACAGUACAGGCGAAGGUCAUGGAGGAGGAGGAAAAGGUGGUGGAGGCAGUGUUGGGGGUGGUCCCGGCUGGGGUGGAGGGAUUGGAGCAGGAGGUGGUGCUGGUGGCAGUACAAGAGGUGGAGGAAAAGGUGGUGAAGGCGGUGUUGGGGGUGGUUUCGGUUCAGGUGGAGGGAUUGGAGUAGGAGGUGGUGGUGGUGGAGGAGGAAAAGGCAAGGGAGGCAGUAUUGGGGGUGGUUGUAGCUCGGGUACAGGUGGAAGUCGUAGAAGAGGUGGAGGGAUUGGGGAAAGAGGUGGUUCUGGCAGCAGUAUAGGUGGACGUCAUGGAGGAGGCAGUGUUGGGGGUGGUUCUGGCUCGGGUGGAGGGAUAGGAGGUGGUGUUGGUGAGAGUAUAGGCGGAGGUUUUGGAGGAGGGGGAAAAGGUGGUGGAGGUAGCGUUUGGGGUGAUUCCGGAGCAAGUGGAGGCUAUACUGGGGCUGGUUUCGGCUCGGGUGGAGGGUUUGGAGCAGGAGGUGGAGGUUUAGGGGGCGGAUUUGGCUAUGGCACUGGAUUUGGUGCCGGUGGUGCAAUUGUGGAGGAUUAG